UGACCCUGCUCAGGCCAGCGAAAACUGUAUCACAUGAUCACAUUACGACUGAAGCAGGAAUGAUGUUGAUGAUGUGAUCGCCUUUCUUUUACCUGAAAAAUGUUUUUAUGAAUUAUUCUCAAUCGGGAAACAGAUUAAAUCCUUAUUUACCAAAGAUUCAUAACCCUUAGGGAACAACUUCCUCCUCUAAAAUUCCAUCAGUGACUGUGAAAACAAUGUAAACAACAGUAAGGAAAAUCCUGUUUAUUAGUUCACAUAUUGAGAGCCCAGUGUAUAAAAGUACUAGAAUUGAAGAAGUGAUCAGAAUCUGAGAACUCACCUCUGUGUAAGAACCCACACACCACCCUGACACCAUGACUCACUCCUGCUGCUCCCCCUGCUGCCAGCCUACCUGCCGUAGGAUCACCUGCUGUAGGAUCAUGUGCUUCCAGCCCACCUGUAGUGGAUCCAGCUCUUGUGGGUCCAGCUGCUGCCAGGCCUGCUGCCCCUCAACUUGCUGGCAAAUCACUUGCUGCAAACCUACCUGUGUGACCACUGGCUGUCAGCCCACCUGCUGUGGAUCCAGCAGCGGUGGACAAACCUGUGGUGGGUCUAACUGCUGUCAGCCUUGCUGUCAGCCAGCCUCCUGUGCACCCGUGUACCACCAUAGAACCUGCUACCACCCCACGUGCUGCUGCCUGCUGGGGUGCCAAGACCAGAGCUGUGGAUCCAGCUGCUGCCAGCCUUGCUGCCGCCCUGUCUGCUCUCAGACCACCUGUUGUAGGACCACCUCCUGCCGCCCGAGCUCUGUGUCCAGCUGCUGCCAGCCUUCCUGCUGCUGAUCACUUUGCUAAAGAAUCCCUGUCUCUCAAACCAACCUUCUCAUCACCUGAUUUGGCAUUCCAGAACAAGUUUUACUUCCAAAUGUUGCUAAAGCCAAUGUCCUAUCACCAAAGUUUUGUUAUUAAUCUCCCUGUUUAAAAGGUUGAGAAUCAGCUUGAUAGAGUGUGGAGGACUUCCCCUUGAUUCUCUUCUUCCUGUGUAUAUGAGUCAUGUUCCACAUUCCUGCAUCCUUGAUAUGGAGUGUGGGUCUCUACUUUGACUCAGAAAUCAGGAUCUUCAUCUUCUCUCUACAUGUAACUUACGAAGACACAUACUCAUGACUUUCUUCCGUUUCUGCUACUAUCUUCAUAAUAAUCUUCGUAAUCAUGUUUCUUUUCAAUGUACUCAUGAUUCUAGGUCCUGCUUUCUUCUUUUUAUAAUCACUUCUAGUGUCUCCCAGAAACAGGGAAUCUUACCUAAAUUUCUAAAUAAAUCUUGUGCCACUAUUCAUUUCA